CUUGUUCCUUUUAGAAUUCCUCAAUUCUCCUCCCUGUCCACAAAUGUUCACAAAAACAAGCCCUAAUUUCCCUCCUUUUAUGUCUCAAAAGCAAUGGAUAAAUUCUCUCUUUGAAUGCUGUUAUAGUUUCUUUCAGUAGAAAAUCAACUGUUUUUGCUGUUCCAUCAAAGAUCGUGCUAGAUUUCUAGGGUUUUUAAGGGUUUUGAAUGGUACGAGUAGACUGAGGUGCAUCAGACUACUUUUUGUCCGAGGAGAAACCUAAGAUUGUGAGAGAAUUUGAAAAUGGUGACGACAGAUGUUGAGCUGCAACUAACGCAACAGCUCAAGGAGGCAGGGAAGCGGCUUUUACGGCCCCCGACUUCCGAUGAUGAACUUCUCCAUGUUCUUGAUCAAACGGAUAAACUUCUAUCGAUGGUGGAUCAAUCACCGAAUGAUUUAAUGAAAGAAGUACUAACUCCAUUACAAAAGUGCUUGGUUGAUAGAAGUCUUGUAGAUCAUUCAAAUGUGGAUGUGAAAGUUGCAGUGGCUGCAUGUCUCAGUGAAAUAACAAGAGUCACAGCACCUGAAGCCCCGUUUGAUGAUCAGGAACUGAAGGAUGUCUUUCGCUUGAUUGUUUCUACAUUUGAGAAUUUAUCAGACAAGUCCAGCCGCUCGUAUAUCAAGAGGGCAUCAAUUCUUGAAACUGUUUGCAAAGUCAGAUCAUGUGUUAUUAUGCUUGAUCUUGAAUGUGAAGAGUUGAUUGUGGAGAUGUUUGAGCACUUUCUGAAAUCAAUAAGGGAACAUCAUCCUGACACCAUAUUUUCAUCAAUGGUAGAUAUUAUGAGCCUUAUUUUUGAAGAAAUCGAAGAAGUUUCAGAUAACUUGCUUAAACCACUACUGUUUAGCCUUAAAAAUGACAGCGAGGGAGUUCUACCAGUGGCACGGAAAUUGGGGGAAAAAAUACUUGAGAAGUCUAGAACUAUACUCAGGCCAUAUUUGAGUAAAACCCUGCCUGAUUUGGGUGAUUCAUUAGAUAACUAUAGCCCAGUUUUGGCUGCUGUAUGUGAAGGGGCAACUGUUUUUGAGCAAAAUGAUGAGAGUGAUUUGGUGCAGCAACAGACUGAUGAGAACAAAUUGGCCAAGGAACGUUCAGAAGAGACACCACAGGCUGAUGAGAGCAAGAUUACAGUAGUAUCUUCGGAAGAGACAACUCAGGUGGUUAAAGAGACUUCAGAAAGGCCUGCAGAGACUGUUGCCACCCCCACCAGAAUUUUGAAAAUAGUUAUGAGCAAUGGAGGAAGAGUUACUUUGACUGAAAAAGAUUCAUCACCUGUUAAAGAGUCCUCAAAGAAGCCUGAAGAAGCCAUUGAACAUCAAGAUUCUAGUUUGGCUAGCAAAGCCGACAUUAAUGAUUCAGUUGCUGAGUUGGCAAAUGUAGAAUUCGACAAGGAAGGAAAUAAGAUUGAUGCCACAUUGGAAUCAGUCCAACCUUCCGAUGGUGAAAACAAAGAUGAGAGAGAAAAUGAUAUUCAAGUUUCUGUUCCAGAAUUAGAAUCAAAACCAGAAGAGACUUCCAAUAAGGAAGUAAAUAAGACUGAUGUCACCAUGACAUCAUCCGAAACUUCUGCCUCUUAUGGUGAAAGUAAAGAUGAGAAAGCCGAUGAAAAGAAAGAUGAGAAAGCUGAUGAAAAGAACGAUGAGAAAGCUGAUGAAAAGAAAGAUGAUGAAAAUAAAGAUGGGAAAAAUGAUGAAAAUAAAGAUGAGAAAGCCGAUGAAAAUAAAGAAGGGAAAAAUGAUGAAAAUAAAGAUGAGAAAGCCGAUGAAAAGACAGAUGAAAAAAAUGACGAAAUUCAAGUUUCUGUUCCAGAAGUAGAAACGGAGGUUGUAAAUGGUCCAUCACAAAGUGGAAGCCUUCUGGAGGAGAUGAAUGUUGAGAAGGUAGAGGAAUCUGAGGUGGCAAAUGCUGGUUUAGAAUCACAAAGUGGGGGCCUACAGUAUAAGAUUCAUAUUAGAAAAGGUCCUCGUUCAAAGAAAAAGAGUAUGAUUAAAGAUGAUACACCUCUGAUAGAUGUUAUAAAGAAAAAGAAGGCCGAAUCGAUCUUUCAGAAAGAUAAACUUCCGGUUCCAGCUACAACUGCCACACCAGAAGACGAGAAAAAAGCGGAUACAGUUGCUUCAGGGGCAAAAUCGGGUAAGAAAGUGGGCGGUGGCUCGGUGAAAAGGAAGCGUAAGAUGUCUGGUAAGAAAAGUGGUGGUGGAAAGUCAGGGGCAAAAAAGGCAAAAAAGCCGUUGAUUGAAAAAGAUGACGAGAGUGAUUCUUUUGAUAAACCACUGAGACAGUCUUCUGCUGGUAAAGAAGAUGAAACUGAUUCAGAUUCAAAACCAAUUAAGUUACCUGCUAUUGCUAAAAAAGGUAACAAAAACACUUCUUCUUCAGCAAAGAACAAAGAUGGAAAAAAGAACGCCUCAAGUGGUAAAAAAAAACUUGAAGAGAAGGACCAAGCAAAAUCCUUGCCUGAAGAUGAUGAUAAUGAUGCAAUUGGGAUGGAUAUUUCUCCAAAGCUUGCGGUAAAAACAGCUACAGAGGAAGGUAAAUCGGAGGAAAGCUCAAAACGAAAAAGAUCUGUUGGUAAAAAUAAUUCACAGAGUAACAAGAACGUAAAGUAUGAUGAUAGCUUGAUUGGUUUGAAGGUUAAAGUUUGGUGGCCUGAUGAUCAUAAGUAUUACGAAGGUGUUAUUGAAUCCUUUGAUUCUGCUAAAAACAAGCAUAAGGUUUCAUAUGUGGAUGGAGAUGUAGAAACAUUGAAUCUUAAAAAAGAAAAAUGGGAAAUUUUGCAAGAGUUUUCUGCACGAAAUGAGAAGAAACCCGCUGAAGUUCAUAGCACUGAUGAUGAUGAGACAUUAUCCAAAAUUAUUACUUACAAAUCAAAGGGUAAAAGUGACUCCACAAAGUCAAAGCCAAAGUCAAAGUCAAAAUCAAAGUCAACCGGUGUUGAUGAAAAAGAAUUAGAUGAUGAUGAUGCUGCUGCAGAAAAGUCAACCGAGGGUGAAAAGAGUGGGUCAAAGAAGAGAAAGAAGAUGUAGGGACCUCUCGGAUCUUCUGUGAUAUACUAGUUUUUUACAUUACAAUGGAUUGGUAGAUGUCAGUAAUUAGUUAAAGUUGAGAUAUAAGAGUAGUCAAGGUAGAAGGUAAUUGUGCUUAAAUUUGUACCUUAUAUAUAGUAGGGUAAAAUUUAGUUGUAUCUUUUGAAGACUUACAGUAGGGGGGUAAUUAGUAGGCUAAUUUCUGUUAUAAAUAGCGUUGGAUGUGUAAUGUGUUGCCUGUUAUGAUUUCUUCUAAAAACUUGGUGUUUAUUCUUGCAAAUUAUAUAUAACUUUUGCUUAUCUUUCUAAAAACA